AGCUCCAUCAUUCGGUAUCGAACGGUAUCAAUGACCAGUUUGCUGCUGUGAGCACGGUCGGAAGUGAUUUUUUUUUCUUGUCCAUGGGAUUGUAAUCUGGUUGGUGUAAUGGAGAGAAAAAUCUGCUUUGCAGAUUGAAGCGAACGCGAAUUUUUGGGUGGGCUUUGUAAAGCGGAAAAAUUGGUUUGUUCGACGCGUUACCGUGAAAUACGCAAAAGAGUUGGUGCGAGUCGGCGUUGGGGAAAAUAAAUCCAGUUCAAUAACAAACGAGAAAAAAUCCCUGGAGAAUAGUGCGAGUAGAAUAGUUAAUUACGACGGUCAUAGGGAAACGAUAUCGAUUUGUUGAAACGGCAGUCAGUGGUGGAAAAACAGUGUUAGAAGAAAGUUCGAGUCGGAGGUUGGCAGCUGGAAAAACCACUGAGUGAUCGAAAACACCGAAGGAAGUAAUACCACUCGACUGAGCAGCUUCGAGAAAGGACCUGCAAGAUGGGCGACCACGGCCCGGAUAUGAACACACUGGAAACUGAUUAUGUUGUUUUGGUUUCAGUGGUGCCAGCGGUGUUGGGCCUGACAGCGGCCGCCAUCCUCGCAGUGACCGCCUGUUUCUGUGCCCGCCGGAUUCGCCGUCAGAAAAAGAAGGCCGGUCAUGAAGUGUCGUCGCUUCCGUUCCAGCCGCCGAGACCGCCACGAGCCGUUCGCUCCCCAAGUGGGCAACCCCCGCAGUAUCUGAAGAAGUCUCCCUCGCCGACGGGCAUCAAACCCCCACCGGGUGGCCAUCUGCCGGCUCAGUCUCCAACGGAACAGAGUUGCAUUCCAACGAACGCAACCGCCCCCAUAACAACGACCACCACCAAGUACAGCGAGGAGAAUGAGCUCACGCCAAAGAAGGUUCAACUGGAACCGAAAUCACCCGACGUCGACCAUUUGGAUGGCAACGAAAACGAAACGGAAUACGGCAAGCUGGGUUCCAUUGUUUUCAAGCUUCGAUACCUGGCUGACCGGAGCGCUCUGGUUGUAUCCGUGGUUCGUUGCCGUGGACUUCCGGGAAAGAAUCAUGGGUCGACUACAUCGGAUCUGACCGCCCUGCCGGGUGGACCCUUGUGCAAUGGAAAUGGCAAUGUGAAACAAUCCGCUACCGAUCCGUAUGUCAAGUUGCAACUUCUCCCGGAUAAACAACACAAGGUUAAGACCAGGGUGGUCCGCAACACACGCAAUCCGGUUUACGACGAGGACUUCACAUUCUACGGGCUGACCCUGACCGAACUGGCCGGCAUGUCGCUGCACUUUGUCGUGUUGAGCUUCGAUCGGUACAGCCGUGACGACGUCAUUGGAGAGGUGGUAUGUCCGCUCAGUGGAAUCGACUUGCAGCAGAUCGAGAACCAACAGGUGGCCCUGAGCCGAGAGAUACAACCGCGAAGCCUGAAGAUCCGUGCCCAAGGUCGCGGCGAGCUGUUGAUCUCACUCUGCUGGCAACCGGCCGCGGCCCGAUUGACGGUGGUACUGCUGAAGGCACGCAACCUACCCCGGAUGGAUGUGACCGGACUGGCCGAUCCGUACGUCAAGAUCUAUUUGCUGUACAACGGGCAGCGGAUCGCCAAGAAGAAGACCCACGUCAAGAAGCGAACGCUGAGCCCGGUGUUCAACGAGAGCUUCGCGUUCGACAUCCCGUCGACGGAGGGAGCGGGCGCCACACUGGAGGGAGUUUCCCUGGAACUGAUGCUGCUGGAUUGGGAUCGGGUUACGAAGAACGAAGUUAUUGGACGUCUCGAGCUGGGUGGACCGCGGAGCACCGGAUCGGCACUAAACCACUGGAAGGAGGUGUGCAAUUCUCCCCGCAGGCAGAUUGCAGACUGGCACAAGCUGAGGGAGUAGAGGCGGAUGAGUGGGAUUUCGGUUGAAGCUGUACAAAUUCCCGGUGGGAAAUGAAUUGCGUUGGUAUUAUUUAGUUCGUCACUCAAUUCUUCACUUUAUUCCAUGGGGAUGAACUGAUGUUGCUUCAGUGCUAAGUUACAAAUACCGAUAUAUGGAACAUCUGACUGUUAUCAAGCUGCUUGGCAAAAAAAAAGUUAGCUUUUAUAGUUUGUUACUAACUGAUAAGAAGGGUGAUUACAUGGAAUAAAUCAUAGCGAUAUACGUAUAUCGGCGAAAAAAAGGAAAAGUUUUGCAAACAGGCUACCUAUAUAACUAUUCCAUUAUGAAACUCAAACAAAUGAAUCCCUUGGGAAUGUAAUCACAGUGCAAAAUUGCUAUGAUAAAAAGACAACACACCAUCAAAGGUAGAGAAAAUCUGCAGCUAAACAGCAUAUUCAAUGAAGUGGAGGUAAUUACUUCAAUAAUAUAAAAGAUGAUCACAUUUGCGAAUGAUGCCAUCGGAAGGAUGAAGAAUACAUAAACGGUGGUUUAAGGAUAUAUGAACCGGCUCUAAUAGCUCGAAUCGGCAGAGUGACAGUGACAGACAGAACAUUUCAACCAAAAACGAAUAAUACUGAGAGACAUUCGAUAAUGCAUAGAUGUGUGUAAUAUAUAGUUAAUAAAACAGAGAAACAGACAAAAAAUGCUACAUAGACACAAAAGUUUACCGAUUCAAAGUCGAACACAAAGCAGCACUUGAUUAGUAAAACGCGCGAAACGCAGCACCACAAAUCAAGCUUACAAGUAUAGUAGACCAGAGAGAUGAUUUACACAAGUAGAGGACUGGAGCAUAUGUAGAUGACAGACGAAUGCGCAGAUAAAUUAUAAAAAAAAUCCUUAUACCCUUCAGUAAGAGAACCGGUACAGCUGAAUCGGAACAGUUUGCAAGAAUGAAUGGAAUCGAAAAGUUUGAGUGGAACGAGUUUUGUAAUUAUUGGAUUUAUUGUUGUUUAUAUUGUUUAAGGUCAUUUCAGUUAAUCAGACAAAUUACCUUACUAAAAUGGCUAUCCCCAUGCAUGGAAUGGCAGAAUUCAGAGUACCUAGAGGUACUUCGCAGUAUUUAAAUCAAAUGUACCCAAGUUUCUUAGAGUAUCGCUCACAGAGUUCUGAGAGAAUCGCUUCCAGGUUUCUGAAGCAAUUCUUCCGAGGAUUUUGAGAGAACUCUCCACAAUAUUCUGAGAGGAUCCGUCGCAGGAUUUGUUAACGAAUCUCUCCCAAUAUUCCGAGAGCAUCACUUCCAUGAUUCUGAAAGAAUCUCUCUCCACUGAUUAUGAGAAAAUCUCUUUUAGGAUUUUCAUAAAAUCUUUCUAAGGAUUUUGUGAGAAUCUCCCUCAGAAUACUAAGAAACACUUUUUCCCAAAUUUUCAGAUAGUCUCUACUAGAGUUUUUAAAUAAUUUCUCCCAGGAUUCUGAGAGAAUUCUCCCCAGUAUUUUGAGAGGAUCGCUCACAGGAUUUUCUAUAUUCUGAGAAUGUCACUCCCAGAACUAUGAGAGAAUCUUUUCUGUGAUUUACAGAUAAUCUUCUCAUGGAUUUUGUGAGAAUAUCAUUCAGAAUUCUUGAAGAAUUUCUUCAAGGAUUCUGGGGGAAACUCUCCCAGAAUUUUGAGAGAAUCUCUCCCAGAAAUCUGAGAGAAUCCCCUUCUGGAUUUUGAAAGGAUUCCUCUCAUGAUUUGAAAAGAAUUUCUCCCAGGAUUCUGAGAACAUUAUUCCCUGGAUUAUGAAGAUUUUGAGAGCAUCCCUCAGGAUUCAGAGGAUCUCUCAGAAGAAUAAAAAAAAAUCACCCAGAAUUCUAAGAUCCGGAUAGAAUCCCUCUCAGGAUUCUGAGAAAAUCUAGCAUUUUCAAAAAACCUUUUAAGAAUUUUGUGGGAAUUUUACCCAGUAUUCUGAAAGAAUUUCUCCAAGGAUUCUGUGCGAAACUCUUCCAAGAUUUUGAGGGAAUCUCUUCCAGGAUUCUGAGAACAUUAUUCCCUGGAUUCUGAGAAAAUCUCUUCUUGGAUUCUCAGAGAAUCUUUUUAAGGAUUUUGAGGGUAUCCAUCCUGAAUUCUAAAAUAUUCACUCCCAGAAUUUUCAGUUUUCUUCAUAUGAAUUAGAAAGAACGCUGCAAGGCAUCUAAUGGAAUCAACUUCAGGAUUCCGAGAGGAUCUCUCAGAAGAAUUAGGAUCUCCCAGUAUUCUAAGAUCCUGAUAGAAUCCUCUUUCAAGAUUCUGAGAAAAUCUUUUCUAGAAAUUAUCAGAAAAUGUUUCAAGGAUUUUGUUAAAAUUUCAACCUGCAUUUUGAAGCUUUUGGGAGAAUCUUCCCAGAGUUCUAAGAACACUAUUACCUGGAUUCUGAGAGAAUCUCUUCCAGAAUUCUUAGAGAAUCUCUUUAAGGAUUAUGAGAGUAUCCUUCCCGAAUUCUUAGAAAAUCACUCCCAGGAUUCUUAGAGAAUUAUUCACAGGAAUUAGAAAGAACGCUACAAGGAAUGUGGGAAUCAACCUCAGGAUUCGACGUGGAUCUCUCAGAUGAAUUGAAAAUAAUAUCUACCAGUAUUCUAAGAUCCCGUUAGAAUCUCUCUCAGGAUUCUGAGAAAAUCUCAUCUAGAGUUUUCAGAAAAUCUUUCAAGCAUUUUUUGAGAAUUUCACCCAGCAUUCUGAAAGAAUUUCUGCAAGGGUUCUGGGGGAAACUCUCCCAAGAUUUUGAGAGAAUCCCUCCCAGAAUUCUGGGAGAAUUCCCCUCAGGAUUUUGAAGGGAUUCCUCACAUUAUUUGAAAAGAAUCUCUCAGGAUUCUGAGCACACUAUUCCAUGGACUCUGAGAGAAUCUCUUCCAAUAUUUUCAGAAAAUCUCUUUUAUGAUUUUGAGAGCAUCCCUUCCGAGAGAAUAACUUUUAGAGUUCUUAAAUAAUUCGUCACAGGAAUGAGAUAGAACGCAGCAAGGAAUCUGUGGGAACCAACCUCAGGAUUCAGGGAGGAUAUCUCAGAAGAAUUAAACAGAAUGUCUCCCAGUAUUCUAAGAUGCUGAUAGAAUAUCUCUGAGGAUUCUGAAAAAAAAAAAAUCUUUUCUAGCAUUUUCAGAAAAUCUUUUAAGAUUUUUUUUGAGAAUUUCAUUCCGCAUUCUGAAAGAAUUUCUUCAAGGAUUCUGGGGGACACUUCCAAGAUUUCAAAACAAAUCUCCCAGGAUUCUGAGUACACUAUUCCCUGGAUUCUGAGAGAAUCACUCCCAGAAUUCUUAAUGAUCUAAAAAGAAUAUCUCUCUCAGGAUACUGAGGAAAUCUCUUCUAGCACUUCAGAAAAUGUUUAAAGAAUUUUGUGAGAAUUUCACUCAGCAUUCUGAAAAAAAAUCUCUAAGGAUUCUGAGGGAAACUCUCACAAGAUUUUGAGAGAAUCUCUCCCAGAAUUCUGAGAGAAUUCCCCUCAGGAUUUUGAAAGAAUUCCUCACAUGAUUUGAAAAGAAUCGCUUCCCAAGCAACACACAUGUUAUAAUAGAGUUACGACAGCGCAAAUUUUGGUUGUAUAGAAGUUCAUUUUACGUAAUUCUAACAUUGUGUUGAAAUAACGUAAAAUAAACCUCUAUACAACCAAAACUUGCGCUGUCGUAACUUUUAUAUAACAAGUGUGUUACUUGGGUUGUAGGAUUCUUAGAACACUAUUCCCUGAUUUUUUAAGGAAUCUCUUCCAGGAUUCUCAGAGAGUAUCCCUUUUAGGAUUCUGAGAGUAUCCCUCCUGAAUUCUAUGAGAAUCACUCCCAGGAUUCUUGAAGUUUUCUUUAUAUGAAUCCUGAUAGAAUUUCUCAAAAGGUUCUGAGAAAAUCUUUUCUAGCAUUUUCAGAAAAUGUUUUAAGGGUUUUGUGAGAAUUUCACCCAGCAUUCCAACUAGUUCUCCAAGGAUUCUGGGGGAAACUCUCCUUAGAUUUUGAGAGAAUUUUUCCCAUGAUUCUACGAACACUAUUCCCUGGAUUCUGAGAGAAUCUCUUCCAGGAUUCUCAGAGAAUCUCUUUUAGGAUUUCGAGAGCAUUCCUCCCAAAUUCUAUGAGAAUCACUCCCAGAAUUCUGGAAGAAUUCUUCACAAGAAUCAGAAAGAACGCUGCAAGGAAUGUGAGAAUCAACCUCAGGAUUCAGAGGGGAUCUCUCAGAAGAAUUAAAAAGCAUAUCUUCCAGUAUUCUAAUAUUCUGAUAGAAUCACUCUCAGGAUUUUGAGAAAAUUUCUUCUAGCAUUUUCAGAAAAUGUUUUGAUAAUUUUGUGAGAAUUCAUCCACCAUUCUGAAAGAACUUCUCCAAGGACUCUAUGGGAAACUCUCCCAAGUUUUUGAGAGAAUAUCUCCCAGGAUUCUGUGAACACUAUUCCCUGGAUUCUGAGAGAAUCUUCUCCAGAAACCUAGAAGAAUCUCUUUUAAGAUUUUAAGAGUAUCCCUUCCGAGUUCUAAUAAAAUCACUCCCAGGAUUCUAAAAGAAUCCUUCACAGGAUUUAAAUCGAACGCUACAAGGAAUCUGAGGGAAUUAUCCUCAGGAUUCAGAGAGGAUCUCUCAGAAGAAUUAAAAAGAAUUUAUCCCGGUAUUCUAUGAUCUCAAUAGAAUCUCACUCAGAAUUCUGAGAAAAUAUUUUCUGACAUUUUCAGAAAAUCUUCAAAAUUUUUUUUUGAGAAAUUCACCCAGCUUUCUGAAUGAUUUUUUCCAAGGAUUCUGGGCGUUUCAAGAUUUUGAGAGAAUCUCUCCCAGGAUUCUGAAAACACUACUCCCUGGAUUUUGGGAGAAUUUCUUCCAGGAUUCUCAGAGAAUCUCUUUUAGGAUUUUGAGAGUACCCCUCCUGAAUUCUGAGAAAGCCACUCCCAGGAUUCCUUAAAGAAUCCUUCACAGGAAUUAGAAAGAACGCUGCAUGGAAUCUGAGGGAAUCAACCUCAGGAUUCAGAGAGGAUCUCUCAGAGGAACUAAAAAGAAUAUCUCCCAGUAUUCCAAGAUCCCGAAAGAAUCUCUCUCAGGAUUCUUAGGAAAUCUUUUCUAGCAUUUUCAGAAAAUAUUUUAAGAAUUUUGUGAGAAUUUCAUCCAGCAUUCUGAAAUAAUUACUCCAAGGAUUCUGGGGGAAACUUUCCCAAGAUUUUGAGAGAAUCUCUCAGAAUUGUGAAAGAAUUUCCCUCAGAAUUUUGAAAGGAUUCUUCACAUGAUUUAAAAAGAAUCUCUCCCAACCUUCUGAGAACACUAUUCCCUGAAUUUUGAGAGAAUCUCUUCCAGGAUUCUCAGAGAAUCUAUUUUAAAUUUUCUAGAGCAUUCUUCCUAGGAUUCUGAGAGAAUUUUCAGAAAAUCUUUACAGGAUUUUGUUAAAAUUUCACCCAGCAUUCUGAAAGAAUUUCUUCAAGGAUUCUGGGGGAAACCUUCCCAAGAUUUUAAGAGAAUCUCUCCCAAGAUUCUGAGUACACUAUUUCCUGGAUUCUGAGAGAAUCACCCCCAGAAUUCUUAAAGAAUCCUUCACAAGAAGUAGAAAGAGCGCUGCAAGGAAUUUGAGGGAAUCAACCUCAGGAUUCAGAGAGGAUCUUUCAGAAGAACUGAAAAGAAUAUCUCCCAGUAUUCCAUGAUUCUGAUAGAAUCUCUCUCAGAAUUCUGAGAAAAUCUUUUCUAGAAUUUUCAGAAAAUCUUUUGAUUUUUUUUUCAGAAUUUCACCAAGAAUUCUGGAAGAAUUUCUCCAAGGGUUCUAGAAGAACUCUCCCAAGAUUUUGAGAAUAUCUCUCUCAGAAUUCUGAGAGAAUUUCCCUCAGGAUUUUGAAAGGAAUCUUCACAUGAUUUGAAAAGAAUCUCUGCCAGGCUACUGAGAACACUAUUCCCUGAAUUUUGAAAGAAUCUCUUCCAGAAUUCUCAGAGAAUCUAUUUUAAAUUUUUGAGAGCAUUCUUCCUAGGAUUCUGAGAGAAUUUUUCUGAUUUUUUUUUAAGGAUUUUGUGAAAAUUUCACCCAGCAUUCUGGAAGAAUUUCUCCAAGGAUUCUGGGGGAAACUCUCCAAAGACUUUGAGAGAAUUUCUUCCAGAAUACUUAGAAUACUAUUCCCUGGAUUCUGAGUGAGCCUCUUCCAGGAUUAUCAGAGAAUCUCUUUUGGGAUUUUGAGAGUAUCGCUCCCAAAUUCUUAAAGAAUUCUUCACAGAAAUUAGAAAUAACGCUGCAAAGUAUAUGAAAGAACCAACCACAGAAUUCAGAGAGUAUCUCUCAGAAAAAUGAAAAGGAAUAGCUCUUAGUAUUCUAAGAUCCCGAAAGAAUCUCUUCCAGGAUUCUUAGGAAAUCUUUUCCAGCAUUUUCAGAAAAUAUUUUAAAAAUUUUGUGAGAAUUUCACCCAGCAUUCUGAAAGAAUUACUCCAAGGAUUCUGCGGGAAAUUCUUCCAAACUUUUCUGAGAAUACUUUUACUUGGAUUCUGAGAGAACCUCUUCCUGGAUUCUCUGAGAAGCUCUUUUAGGAUUUUGAGAGUAUCCCUCCUAAUUUCUAAGAAAAUCACUCCCAGAUUUUUUAAAGAAUUCUUCACAGAAAUUAGAAAUACCGCUGCAAGGAAUCUAAGGGAAUCAACCUCAGGAUUCAGAGACGAUCUCUCAGAAGAAUUAAAAAGAAUAUCUCCCAGUAUUCUGAGAUCCCGAAAGAAUCUCUCUCAGGAUUCUGAGAAAAUCCUUUCAAGCAUUUUCAGAAAAUCCUUUAAGAAUUUUGUGAGAAUUUCACACAGCAUUCUGAAAGAAUUUCUCCAAGGAUUCUGGAGGAAACUCUUCCAAGAUUUUGAGAGAAUCUCCCUCAGGAUUUUGAAAGGAUUCUUCACAUGAUUUGAAAAAAAUCUCUCUCAGGCUUCUGAGAAUACUAUUCCCUGAAUUUUGAGAGAAUCUCUUCCAGGAUUCUCAGAGAAUCUAUAUUAAAUUUUUGAGAGCAUCCUUCCUAGGAUUCUGAGAGAAUUUUCAGAAAAUCUUUUAAGGAUUUUGUGAAAAUUUCACCCAGCAUUCUGGAAGAAUUUCUCCAAGGAUUCUGGGGGAAACUCUCCAAAGACUUUGAGAGAAUUUCUCCCAGGAUUCUGAGAAUACUAUUCCCCAGAUUCUGAGUGAACCUCUUCCAGGAUUCUCAGCGAAUCUCUUUUGGGAUUUUGAGAAUAUAUCUCCCAAAUUCUUAAAGAAUUCUUCACAGAAAUUAGAAAUAACGCUGCAAAGUAUAUUUAAGUACCUCAGAAUUCAGAGAGGAUGUCUCUGAAGAAUUAAAAAAAAUUCUCUUAGUAUUCUAAGAUCCCGAAAGAAUCUUUCUCAUGAUUCUUAGGAAAUCUUUUCUAGCAUUUUCAGAAAAUAUUUUAAGAAUUUUGUAAGAAUUUCACCCAGCAUUCUAAACGAAUUACUCCAAGGAUUCUGUGGGAAACUCUCCCAAGAUUUUGAGAGAAUCUCUCCCAGGAUUCUGAGAGAAUUCUCCUCAGGAUUUGGAAAGGAUUCUUCACAUGAUUUGAAAAGAAUCUCUCUCAGGAUUCUGAGAACACUAUUCCCUGAAUUUUGAGCGAAUCUUUUCCAGGAUUUUCAGAGAAUCUCCUUUAAAAUAUUGAGAGCAUCCCUCCUAGGAUUCUGAGAGAAUUUUCAGAAAAUCUUUUAAGCAUUUUGUGAAAUUUUCAUCCAGCAUUCUGAAAGAAUUUUUCCAAGGAUUCUGGGGAAAACUCUCCAAAGACAUUGAGAAAAUCUCUCCCAGGAUUCUGAGUGAACCUCUUUCAGGAUUCUCAGAGAAUUUCUUUAAGGAAAUUAAGAGUAUCCCUCCCGAAUUCUAAUAGAAUCACUCCCAGAAUUCUUAAAAAAAAAUCUUCAUUGUAAUUAGAAAGAACCCUGCAAGGAAUCUGAGGGAAUCAACCUCAGGAUUCAGAGAGGAUCUCUCAGAAAAAUUAAAAAGAAUAUCUCCCAGUAUUUUGAGAUCCCGAUAAAAUCUCUCUCAGGAUUCUGAGAAAGUCUUAUGUAGAACUUUCAGAUAAUGUUUUAAGGAUUUUGUGAGUAUUUUAUCCAGCAUUCUGAAAUAAUUUCUCCAAGGAUUCUGCGGGAAACUCUUACAAAAUUUUGAGGGGAUCUCACGCAGGAUUCUGAGAACACUAUUGCCUGGAUUCUAAGUGAAUCUUUUCCAGAAUUCUGAGAAUACUAUUCCCUGGAUUCUGAGAAAAUCUCUUCCAGGAUGCUUGAAGAAUCUCUUUUAGGAUUUUGAGAGUACCCCUCCCGAAGUUUAAGAGAAUCACUCCCAGAAUUUUUGAAGAAUUCUUCACAGGAAUUAGAAAGAACGCUGCAAGGAAUCUAAGGGAAUCAACCUCAGGAUUCAGAGAGGAUAUCUCAGAAGAACUAAGAAGAAUAUCUCCCAGUAUUCCAAGAUCCUGAUACAAUCUGUCUCAGAAUUCUGAGAAAAUCUUUUCUAGCAUUUUCAGAAAAUCUUUUGAUUUUUUUUUUGAGAAUUUCACCCAGAAUUCUGGAAGAAUUUCUCCAAGGGUUCUGGAGGACACUCACCCAAGAUUUUGAGAGAAUCUCUCCCAGAAUUCUGAGAUAAUUCCCCUCAGGACUUUGAGAGAAUCUGUCCCAAGAUUCUGAGAACACUAUUUCCUGGAUUCUGAGAGAAUCACUCCCAGAAUUUUUAAAGAAUCCUUCACAGGAAGUAGAAAGAGCGCUGCAAGGAAUCUGAGGGAAUCAACCUCAGGAUUCAGAGAGGAUCUAUCAGAAGAACUAAAAAGAAUAUCUCCUAGCAUUCCAAGAUCCCGAAAUAAUCUCUCUCAGGACUCUUAGGAAAUCUAGCAUUUUCAGAAAACAUUUUAAGAAUUUUGUAAGAAUUUCACCCAGCAUUCUGAAAGAAUUACUCCAAGGAUUCUGGGGGAACUCUCCCAAGAUUUUGAGAGAAUCUUUCCCAGAAUUCUGAGAGUAUUCCCCUCAGGAUUUUGAAAGGAUUCUUCACAUGAUUUGAAAAGAAUCUCUCCUAGGCUUCUGAGAACACUAUUCCCUGAAUUUUGAGAGAAUCUCUUCCAGGUUUCUCAGAGAAUCUAUUUUAAAUUUUUGAGAUCAUUCUCCCUAGGAUUCUGGGAGAAUUUUCAGAAAAUCUUUUAAGGAUUUUGUGAAAGUUUCACCCAGCAAUCCAAAGACUUUGAGAGAAUUUCUCCCAGGAUUCUGAGAAUACCAUUCCCUGGAUUCUGAGUGAACCUCUUCCAGGAUUCUCAGAGAAUCUUUUUUAGGAUUUUGAGAGUAUCCCUCCCGAGUUCUAAGAAAAUCACUCCCAGAAUUCUUAAAGAAUUCUUCACAGAAAUUAGAAAUGACGCUGCAAGGUAUAUGAGAGAAUAAACUCAGGAUUCAGAGAGGAUCUCUCAGAAGAACUAAAAAGAAUAUCUCUCACUAUUCGAAGAUUUCGAAAGAAUCUCUCUCUGGAUUCUGAGGAAAUCUUUUCUAGCAUUACCAGAAAAUAUUUUAAGAAUUCUGUGAGAAUUUCACCCAGCAUUCUGGCAGAAUUACUCCAAGGUUUCUGGGGAAACUCUCCCAAGAUUUUGAGAGAAUCUUUCCCAGGAUUCUGUGAACACUAUUCCCUGGAUUCUAAGAGAAUCUCUUCCAGGAUUCUCAGUUAAUCUCUUUAAGGAUAUUAAGAGUAUCCCUCCCGGAUUCUAAGAGAAAUCUCUUCUAGAAUUUUCAGAAAAUCUCUUUUUAAGGUUUUGUGAGAAUCUCUCUCAGGAUACUAAGAGAAACUUUCUCUUGUUUUGUAGACCUUUUCCUAAGUGAUGAUAUAAGAAGCUUACCUUAUUUUUCGAUUGCGUUAUGGAACGACUGGAUGUACAUUCUACAUAGAAUAGGAUUAUUUCAAAUUUCGGUUUAUGGAACAAAUGUGAGAACGAACUGAAUAUGAUCGUUUAAUGAAGGAACGCGAUAGUUGUGAGAGAAUUUUUCGAAACGAAUGACAUCAACCAAAAAAACAUCUCAUACACCUAUACUCAAAAGAUUUAAAAUGCAGAAAGAAUAUAAUAUACAUGGAAGAAACUUGAAGAACCUAAUAUUUCAGCAUAGCUAUACGGUAGACCACAAAGCAACGAGAGUCUAUCGAUAAGAAACAGAUAAAUAAAAUGAAUAACGAAACACACAGAUUUUUGCAUGUACAGGGGAUAGACAAAAUGAUCGGGACAGGCAAAAUUUUCACUUCCAAAAAAAUGUUCAACUAGCUGUAACUUUUCGAAAAGUGCAUCGAAUAUUCUCAAAUUUUUACUGUAAGUUCUUCAACUAGCUAUGUAUCAGUGGACAAAAUUUGGAAAAAAUCGGACUAUUCUUCACGAAUUUAUAAAGAUUUUUGAAAAAGAUAAAACUAUCCGAUAGCCAACUUUGAGCUGUUAUAUCUCCGGAUUCAAUGAACCGAUUGCAAUGAAAUUUUGACCAUUCAUGACUUAUAUAAUGAACUCUGGAAAACAUUUGACUUAACUUGAAAUUUUUAACAAGCGAAAAAGAUAUAGCGAUUUUAUUUUUUCACAAUUUUUUAGUAUUUUGGUCUAUUUUUCAUAUGCAUCCCAUUACUUUUUUAAUUUAUUGGUGGCUAUGUUGUUACUUUCCUUCAAAACGCAUUUAUAUACAAGUCAAUUAGAGGGAAACUAAAUGAACUAUAAUUUGCAUCUUGAAUUUUGAAACGAUGUUGAUGUUUUGGAUAAUUUGGUGGUUUAUUAGAAAAAUAAUGUAAUCGUUAUAAUUUUAUUCCGUGUUAAGAAUAUUAAGUUAAGUCAAUGGUUUUUCAUAGCUCAUUAUAUAAGUCAUUAAUGGUCAAAAUUUCAUUACAUUCAGUUAAUUGAAUCCGGAGAUAUAACAGCUCAAAGUUGACUAUCGAAUAAUUUUACCAUUUUCAAAAAUCUUUAUAACUUCGUGUAGAAUUGUCCGAUCUUUUCCAAAUUUUGUCCACUGAUACACAACUAGUUGAAGAACUUACAGUUAAAAUUUAAGAAUAUUUGAUGCACUUUUCGAAAAGUUACAACUAAUUGAACAUUUUUUGAAAAGUGAAAAUUUUGCCUGUCCCGAUCAUUUUGUCUAUCCCCUGUACGUACUCCUCCGUAGAGAACAUGUAACUUUUUAAGCAUCUAUACAUAGAGAAUACUGAUGAUAAACCAAACAGAAACAAAAAAAAAACAAAACAAACAGCUAAAAGUGGUAGUUGUAUAAGCUUCAUUUACCAAUCGCAGAGUCCGGUUUCUCCUUCGUUUCGAUCGGCUUGUACCACAAAAGAAAAUUGACUCAACACAAACAAAAAGUCACCCAAAGAAACUAUUAGAUUCAAUUAGGCAAAAUUUACGAGAAAUCUAUUAUCCUCCCACACACACACACACACACUUGUUAAGCCUUGUUGUCUUGUCUGUAGAGAUCGUCUCUGUACUGAUAGCUUACACUGGGAAAUUAUUUUCGAACGUUGAAACACAAAAAGAUCCUAAAAAAACACACACACAAACCUGAUUGGAAAUGACGUCAAGUGAAGAAAAACCCGCCAGUUAAUUUUCUAUAAUAGAUUUAUUUACAGCAUAAAAGAAGAAAAAAAAAAGCGUAGUGUGAAUGUAUAUAAACGACAUAAACAAGGAAACAUUAUUCUCUCUAUUUUAUGUUAUAUGAAUUACACUCAUAUAUAAAGGAAGUAAUUAUCAAUAAAAAGUGACAAAACCCACA